AUGAGCACCCAACCUCGUACCCUGUUUGACAAGAUCUGGGACGCACAUGUCGUUAAUGCUAAGGACGACGGCUCGGCGUUGAUUUACAUCGAUCGGCAUAUUGUUCAUGAAGUCACAUCUCCCCAGGCCUUCGAGGGUCUCAGAAACGCCGGCCGGAGCGUCAGACGGACCGAUUGUACUCUAGCCACAUGCGACCACAACGUGCCCACUGAUGAUAGAAGUCAAGCUACCAGCGUGUCUACCUUCAUCAAAGAGUUUGAAUCCCGUACUCAGGUCAUGACCCUCGAAGAAAAUGUCAAGAUUUUCGGCCUGACUUACUUCGGUCUCAAGGAUAAGCGUCAAGGAAUUGUCCACGUCAUGGCCGCUGAACAAGGCUUCACUUUACCUGGUUCCACCGUGUGCUGUGGUGACUCUCAUACCUCGACCCAUGGAGCGUUUGGCGCGUAUGCCUUUGGAGUUGGCACCUCCGAAGUCGAGCACAUCCUGGCCACUCAAACCUUACCACAGCAGAAGAGUAAAAACAUGAAGGUCAAGGUUAACGGGACUCUGGCGCCAGGGGUCACCAGUAAGGAUGUCAUCCUCCACAUCAUCGGUACCAUCGGCACUUCUGGCGGCAAUGGGCACGUCAUUGAAUUCUGUGGCAAGGUCUUUGAGGACAUGUCGAUGGAGAACCGCAUGAGUGUUUGCAACAUGUCCAUCGAAGCUGGUGCCAGAGCAGGCUUAGUUGCGCCCGACGACAAGACGUUUGAAUAUUUGAUUGGAAAACCGCUCGCACCCAAAGGCGAGGAGCGCAACCGGGCGAUUGAAUGGUGGAAGUCCCUUGCAACUGACGAAGGAGCUCACUUCGAUAAGUCAGUUGAGAUCGAUGGAGGUGAUAUUGGACCAACAGUAUCUUGGGGUACGAGUCCACAAGAUGUGGUACCGAUCACCGGAAAAGUACCCGACCCUGCCCAGAUGUCGGAUGAAGCGGCCAAGAAGUCGGCUAUCCGAGCCUUGGAAUACAUGGGUCUUCAGCCCAACACCCCGAUGGAAGAGAUCAAAAUCGACAAGGUUUUCAUCGGCUCUUGCACCAACUCACGUAUAGAAGACUUACGACUUGCAGCAUCCAUCAUAGGACCCAGCCAACGCGUUGCCGAAGGUGUCUAUGCGAUGGUUGUCCCUGGUUCAGGCUUAGUGAAAUUGCAGGCUGAAGAGGAGGGUCUGGAUCGGAUCUUCAAGGACGCUGGGUUUGAUUGGCGAGAGGCUGGCUGCUCGAUGUGUCUCGGAAUGAACCCCGACCAACUCAAACCCGGCGAACGUUGUGCAUCUACCUCGAACCGCAACUUCGAGGGCCGUCAAGGCCCCGGUGGGCGGACUCAUCUGAUGAGCCCUGCGAUGGCUGCCGCCGCUGCUAUCCAUGGUCGGUUCACCGAUGUCAGAAAGAUCCAAACCACCACUCGACUACACGAGCCUAAACUAGUUCCGAAGAUGGAACCCAGUGACAAAGAUCAAACCUCCGAAUCUCAUCCAGUGGAUGACGCUCCUGCUCAAUCGGCUGGUGCUCCUACCCAAGCUGUUGGCAAACCAGCUGGCUUACCCAAGUUUGAGGUCUGGAAGGGUAUUGCUGCCGUUUUAGAAGCCAGCAAUGUCGAUACCGACAAAAUUAUCCCAGCCGUCUUCCUCAAGACUAUUAAGCGAACCGGAUUAGGACAAGCUCUAUUCCGUUCCCUGCGCUAUCGAGUCGUGGAUGGAAAUGAAGAAUCGAUACCUGACUUUGUUCUAAACCGAGAACCGUUUAACAACGCUAAGAUUCUGAUCGUUACUGGACCAAACUUUGGUUGUGGAAGCUCUCGAGAACACGCCCCUUGGGCGUUAUUGGACUUCGGGAUCAAAUGUGUCAUGACUACCAGCUUUGCCGAUAUCUUCUAUAACAACAUGUUUAAGAACGGAAUGUUGCCAUUAAUAUUACCACAGAAGGACGUGGACGAAUUAGCACGACUAGCGAGUGAGGGAAACGAUGUAGAGGUUGACUUAGUGAACCAACGGGUGAAUGCGACGUGCCAGAAGACGGGCUCGAAGGUCUCGAUUGUGUUUUCGAUCGACCCUUUCCGAAAGAAGUGUCUGGUCGAAGGUCUCGAUGACAUCCGUCUGACCGAGCUACUCGGCGAAAAGAUCAAGUCCUAUGAAGCUGUCCGUUCCCAGAAGUGGCCAUGGUUGGACGGAAUCGGCUUCGGCGGGAAAGUGCCCGUCCCCGUCGGCGGCUCUGGAGACAGCAAAACUCUUGAUUGGUAG